UUGCGCUUCAAAUGUUGCCACGAGUAUCCCGACAAACCCCCGAAGAUUUCUGUGAAGAGCAUGCACGGGCUCUCCUUAGAGAACGCAAAUAAAUUAUUGAAAGAGUUGGAGGAGCUCGCAUCUCAACAGUGCGGAGAAGUCAUGAUAUUUCAGCUGGCCCAUCAUACUCAGCAAUUCCUUCAUGAGCACAAUCGACCAACGCUGUCGUUUUAUGAGCAAAUGGUCCAACAGAAAACGGAGUUGGAAGAAAUGAAACAAAGAGACUUGGAAGUGAAAGCGAAUGAAGAAGUUAUGAAAAUGAGGGCAGAGAUCUUGAAGCGGCAGGAGACGUUGCGCGAUCUGGAGCGCUCCGAUGAGGAUGUUGACGACGCGCCACGGUUGCUCUGCUACGCGGAGACUCGUGGCGACGCGUGGGUGGGCGCGGGGGACGCUGGCGGGUUGGAGGGUGCUGGAGAGGUGGGGGAGGAGGUGGGUGCAGUUAGUGAAGGAGACGCGAGGAGUGCGGGAGAGGGGUGCACGUGCGGGACGCGGGCGCUGCGUACGCUGCGCUACUCGCCAGCCACUAACAAGAAGAUCUACCUCGGCAACUGUCUCGGGCACUCGCGGCACGCCACAUCGUACCUGGGGCUGGACGAGAGUGGGGGCGCCGUGCUAGUGCGGCGCUGGCUGCUGCCCGGCGCCACUGACGUGGCGCGUCGCGAGCGCCGUCUGGCGGCCGUGCAGCGCGACGUAGCGGCCGCGGGGCGCGCGGUGCGGGAGGGGGUGGGGGUGGGGGUCAGCGCACUCGUGCCGUACCGUGCCGUGCGCCUACUGGCCGACGCGGGCCGCGGCGCGCGCCACCACCGUGUACGCCGUGCGCCAGUUCGUGGCGGGCACGUCGCUCAGCCGCUACGUGGCGACGGCUCGUCGCUUCCUCGGAGAUUUCGACGCGCUGCAGCUGGUGCGCCACGUGGCACUGGCACUGUUCUCUGCGCUGGCCGAACUGCAUGCCGCCGACGUCGUGCACGGGGACGUGCGUGCACAAAAUAUAUACUUGGAGGACAGCGGCGCCGUCAAACUGGUCGGUGGCAGUGUUGA